AUGGCGGGUCCCGCCUGGCGCUGGGUGCGGGGCGCUGCCCGCCUCCUCCCCGCCGGCGGCGGGCGGGCUCCGGCAGCGCCGUCGCGCGGUCCGGGUUGCGCGCCCGCCGCUUGCAGCGCUCCGUUCGCCGGCUCCGCGUCCGGGGACGACUCUCUUGGGGACAGACGUGCCCGGAUCCUGUCACGCGGGCUGCCAAAGCAGAAGCCCAUAGAAGGAGUUAAGCAGGUGGUGGUCUUGGCUUCUGGAAAAGGGGGAGUUGGAAAAUCAACAACAGCAGUAAAUAUAGCCCUUGCCUUAGCAGCAAAUGAUUCGACAAAAGAAGUUGGUUUACUUGAUGCAGACAUAUAUGGACCUUCAAUUCCAAAAAUGAUGAAUUUAAAAGGAAACCCUGAAUUAACACCAAAAAAUCUAAUGAGGCCCCUUAAGAACUAUGGAAUCGCAUGCAUGUCUAUGGGUUUCUUGAUAGAAGAGACUACCCCGGUUGUGUGGAGAGGGCUCAUGGUAAUGUCAGCUGUUGAAAAAUUGUUGAGACAGGUUGACUGGGGUCAACUGGACUAUUUAGUAAUUGACAUGCCACCUGGGACUGGAGAUGUGCAGCUCUCAGUAUCACAGAAUAUUCCAAUUGCAGGAGCUGUGAUCAUCUCCACGCCACAAGACGUGGCUUUAUUGGAUGCACGCAAAGGAGCUGAAAUGUUUAGAAAAGUCCAUGUACCUGUUUUAGGACUGGUUCAGAAUAUGAGUGUUUUCCAGUGUCCUAAAUGUAAGCAUGAGACACAUAUCUUUGGAGCUGACGGUGUAAGAGAUCUAGCAAAAACCCUUGGGUUGGAUAUUUUGGGAGACAUUCCACUGCAUGUUAAUAUCCGGGAGUCGUGUGAUUCAGGACAGCCUGUUGUGAUUGCUCAACCUCAAAGCGAUGCUGCUAAAGCCUAUCUAAAGAUAGCUAUGGAAAUAGUAAGAAGACUGCCAGUACCUCCUGCUUGAAGUAUUUACCACAGAAACUUGCAAAAAAAGCCAUCUUUGUUGCAACCAAUGCAGAAGAGUCCUGCUACCUAAUAAUGGGGAGGCCAUACCUUAGUUUUAAGAACUUCUUUAGGAGUUAAUUUACCAGAGAUUAAAUUAAGAUUGUGAUAUUUACUGGUUUUUGAAUCAUUGCUUGUCCAUGUCCAAAGGGAUUGAAGUGUGCAAACAAUGAUAGACAGUAUUUAACUGCUGAAUUGUAACAUCAUCAAGCAUUUUUCACGUAUGCUAUUUUAUGAAUGAAAACCAGCCUCUCCACUCAAGGAGAAUGAUGAGAGGUAUGCCAAAGGGUUAAUCCUGCUUAAAAACUUAAAUUUUCAGUACUCUUAAUUUCUUUCAAUUUUGGUUCAGCUUUUACAUAGUUAACUAUCAAACUGACCUUAAGUUCUGCAAGAUUUUAAGAAGAAAAGUCAGUUGUGCAACUGCUGUACUUUUUGUGUGUUCACUUUAUAAGAAAAUUUUAAAAAUUCCACAUAUACUCUGAAGAGUUCUUGUGGUGAAUGGUGAUCAGAUUUAUUCAUUAUCAGAUCAAGUUCGAUCAUGAGGCAAUUCAUGGUUUAGUGAAGAAUGGAUUACAUGACCCUGAGGCUUAUUUCUUGACUGUUUUGCAUUAUAAUGAACCCAGACAGAAGACCAGGUAACCGAGGUCUUCACUGAAAACCAGAUGUUUUGCCUGAGCUCAGUUUGGCAGGGAAAGCAAAUGAUCAAGAUAAAUUAAAUUUGUGAUUGCAUAUUCCUACUACAGUGCAGCAACUUGGAAUUUGAAUAUAAAGAUAUAUUUUUGAAGUAAAGAAAUAUUUGGUCUUCAAACUGCACGGCCUUCUGGUUUGUUUUUUCAUUGCCUUUGAUCUUUAUUUUUGUGUUAAUGUGUGGAAGUGAAAGAUUAUGCCUUCAGGGAAUGAGUUUCCAUUUACAAUUAGAUGUUUGAGUUGACAUUUAGGCUUUUUCAUUUACGCAGUCAAGUAUCUUAAACAUACAUGUUAACCAUACCAUACUGUGAAUUUAACCAUACUAGGGAGUUCUGCUGUUGACCUCUGUGGAACCAAGGUUUUCCCUGUAUUCCAAAUACUUAUUCAGGAUUUUGGAUGAAUUGUUUUUUAUUAUUGAAGUGAUACAGCAUAAAAGUUGGUAUAGAUUUACAUUAAGGAUAUUUAAGUAAUAUGUACUCAGAAUUUGCAUGGAAAAAUCUAGGCACAAAUGAUGAGUUGAAUUUCAAGCUUAGGUGAUUUUGUAAAUAUGUAAAUUACAUAGUCUAAAACUGUGGAUUUUUUACUUCAAGUCAAUCUCUGAACCUUCUUCGCCUUCAGCCUUCCCUGUGCAAUCUCAUAGCAGUGAUCAGUUAUUUCAGUAGUAUAUUAUCCCAGGCCUGUACAUUUACAAAAAUACUCACUUCCUUUCAGCUGUCUGAUAUAUUUUACAAAAAUUAAAGCUGGCUUUGUGUUCUGCCCUUUCAUACUUUAUUGAUAACAUUUUUUACAAUUAAAUUUUAUCUCUCUAUGUUUGUUCACUUUGCUUUACAUAUCGUAAUUGCUGAUAUACCUGUCUCUAAGUAAUCCUGUGGUGGUUCUGGUAUAUUAUAACCAUAAAUUUCAGUUGAAAAACUGGGAUUUCUGGCUGGUUUUUAAUUUAAGACAGUGAUAUAGUCUGAAUUGUUAGCAUUUGUUAUUUUCAUUCUGUUAAAAAGUUUUUGAAUGUCUCUGACAUCCAGUUCAUGUUGAGACUGGAUGAACAGUCAGUAUACAGAUAGAUAGUUGUUUGCUUUCCCUUUUGUUUUUUUUCUCAUUAUUUCUUGGGUUAGUUGAAGGAUGAAAUUUGCUUUCAAAUGUCCUUUUAUUUUUACUCCUUUUUCUCUUUUUUUUCCCCUUUUAAUUAAGUACUGUGGUUUUGCUCUGUUGAAUCUUUCAACUGCAGAACUAUUUUGAAUGCCUUUAUCAAGAAACUGGUUCUAAUGAUUAAACAUAGUUUCUGUGCCAGUCUCUGAAAAUUCAUAUUUAGUUAACAGUUUUGUGGAAGGAUUGCACAAUGUAGUAAAUUUAUUGAUUGAAAAUUGUCAGUCAUUUUCAAUAAAUAUACAUAGUUGUA